AGGGUGUCUAGCCACAAUGCCGCUCGCUGACAUCGCCGAUGUGGAUAUCGACCCGAAAGGAGUUUUCAAGUACAUCCUGAUUCAAGUAACCGACAAUUCAACAAAGCAGCAGAAAUUUGUAGUCCGCGGAUAUUAUAGAUGCAGCUUUCAUGACGAUAUUCUUCAGGAGACGAAGAGUUCUGCACCAUCUGACUUAAAGCUGAAAUGUGUGGGCGGUGGUCGAAUCAAGCACGAUGAAAUUGGAAAAGAUAUUCUUGUGUAUGGAUAUUCGUAUGGCUAUGGACGAGCUGAUCAUCAAAUUGCUGUUGACAUUUUAAAGCAGAAAUACCCAGAUUAUAACAUUCAUUUCUCUAAUGACGGAUAUUGAAUCUCCAUGUUUGAGCAUAGUUUUGUAAUUAAUUUGUAUUAAAAUUGGUCGAAUAAAUUAUUACAUAAACG